CUCAGUAUGAAAACAACAUAAUUUAACUAGCAUAUUCAUAGUAAACUCUUAAUUCCUUUCAUGAAAUUUCUUAAAUUUAUGCAUUACUUUAACUUAUUUUACUGAAGUAAAGAAUACUCAUAACUAUUCAAUUUUGACCCUAUUUUGUCCUCCGGCACCAAAAUAUCCUGACUUCGUCCUCGUGCACCACCGAAUUAGACCAGUGAUCUAUAUUAUAUCUCUAUGUAACUUAACAACCCUUCAAAUUUCUGCAACGAAGCGCAAGCAACCAUGGAUUCUACGCUGGUCGUAUCUAUGCAAAAAAUAACUUACUAUUUAAAUAAUCAGGAGGACACGAGUUCUAUCUAAUAUGUAUACGGAAACGUGCAUGAGCACUACUUUGCCACUCUUAUCGCCUGCAGGUAUUUUGGAGGAUACAUGUGAUGAAAAUAUGUAAAAUCCCAGCUGACAGCGCUGUUCUUGAGCUGUUAGAUCCGACGACUUUGUUUCCAGAGAUACGAUUCGAACCAUACCCUUCCUUCUCUUUUCCUUAUAUAAACCCCUUAAGCACUCCACCAAGUAUAUCGAUCAUCUUCUUCCUUUCUACUUCCAAUGGCGACUCUGCAAGUUCUGUUUGCUUGCAUCUUAGCACUGCUGAUUUGUUCAGCCGCCGCAGCAGAGAGCUAUAAUAAGAAGAAUCAAGUGCCAGCAGUGUUCGUGUUCGGAGACUCGUUGGUUGAUACAGGGAACAACAACUACGUCCACACCAUCGCCAAGGGAAACUUCCCACCUUACGGCCGAGACUUCGCCGGCGGAAAAGCCACCGGCAGGUUCAGCAAUGCCAAAGGAGUCGCCGACUACAUUGCUCAAGUCUUGGGAGUGAAACAACUUUUGCCACCAUAUUUGGAUCCAAGCUUGGACCUCCAAGAACUGCUUACUGGCGUGUGUUUUGCUUCUGCUGGUUCCGGUUACGACCCUCGAACACCCCAAAAAAUGAACGCAAUACCGAUGACGACUCAACUAAACAUGUUCAAAGAGUACAUAAAGAGGAUCAAUGCAAGCGUUGGGCCAGAAAGAACACAAGAAAUCAUUUCCCAGAGCGCAUACAUCAUCUUCAUGGGCAGCAAUGACCUCACCAACACGUACCCAACCGUCGACUACCAGUACACCGAAGAAUCCUACACCGAUCUUAUGAUCAGCCUAGCUCUAGACUUCCACAAGAAACUAUAUGAAGCUGGAGCAAGAAGAAUUGGGUUGGUGGAGUUACCUCCGACGGGGUGUGCACCAGCGAUACGAUCCUCGCAGGGUGGACCGAGGAGGGAGUGUUCGGAGAGCCUCAACAGGCGCAUCAGGCUGUUCAACUCCAAGCUGUCUCUGAUGGUUGAUCAGAUGAAUCAAGAGCUUCCAGGAACCAAAGCUGUGAAGUUCGAGCUCUACAAUCAUUUCCUUUCCCUCGCCGAGAAUCCAGCUCCAUACGGGAUUGAAGAGGUUAAAAGAGGGUGCUGUGGCACCGGGAACAUAGAGAGUGGGGUGCUCUGUGUAGUCCCGGGGACCUGCGCUGCUGCUGACAAGUACCUGUUCUUUGACAGCUUCCAUCCGACUGAACUUGCUGCACAAAUUCUCACAUAUCAAACUCUUUCUCCUCCCAAUUUAAGCAAGCUCUUCUGAUCAUCAAAUCACUGUUACUGACUUAAAUUUUUUCCUGCCGAUAAAUUUACCUAGAUUCAAAUUCGUUUGACUUUUACAAAAUAUUGUUUUUUGUUCAUGUCACGUCAAUAUGAAA